AAACUUCAUGAACUUUCACAUAAAAAUGACAGUACAAAUGGGGACUGGGUGUCACAUGGGAAAUGAAAGUAGAAUGAGGGUGUUUCGCUUGUCUCUCAGCAGCCCUUCCGUCGGUGUGAACAGUUUGGCCAAACUCGUAUCCCUCGAAUGUGUUUUUGUUCUUGAGGAGAAAGGCCCCAGGAUGUGGCUGCUCAAAGGCAGUAGAAGUGGCUUCCUGCUGGGGGAAAUGAUCAAAAAUUUCAGACAAGCCCCUCAUGGAGGGAUGAAUUAUGCACUCUGACUCUCACAGGUCUUUGCACACUGAGCACAGUCUCCCAUCAUAGGCAGAUGUAAGGGUCAACACAUGCACUGCAUGGACAGCUGGAACGUUUAGAGCCCGGCGGUGUGAACAGCUAAAUGUUCAACCCUUCAAAUGUCUUUCACGUGGGAAUGUCAUAGAAAUCAUGUUUAUGAACCUGACAAAUGGAAGCUGCCACAUUCCACUGGAGACAGAUCGGGUUGGACUAACCUACAUCUACAGCCUAGCUUUCUCUCUGGGUCUGCCAGCAAAUCUGCUUUCACUGUGGGGACUUUACCAGCUGGGCCGCUCAAGCGGGGCUGGCACUCAGCUGGUUUAUAUCCUCAACCUCCUGCUCUCAGAUCUUCUUCAACUGCUCACCUUGCCUCUGUGGAUCCUCUAUCUUCAGAGAGAUCAUCGCUGGCCCUAUGGUUCCAUCGCAUGUCAGUUGGUGGGCUAUGUCUUCUACGUGAACGUAUAUGCAAGCAUCGCCUUUCUGUGUCUCAUAGCAAUGGACCGCUGUCUGGCCAUUGUAUACCCAUUAAGCAGCCGUCGUGUGAGGAAUGUACGGCUGUCUGCGUUCUCUGGAGUGGUCGUCUGGACUCUUGUGUUCCUGUUCUGUCUAAUUGGUCUCUACCCAUCUGUAUUUGAGCCCCAGGAGGGUUUGUGUCUGGAGCACUAUCCCGUCACUCCAAGAUACGCAUACUUUAAAAUAGCCACAGUGGUCCUGGGUUUCCUGAUGCCAUGCUCUAUACUUGGCUGCACUUCUGCCAGAAUCGGGAUAACACUCCACAACUCCCCCUCCAUCACUGAUCAUGAGCGCAACAAAAUUGUGGGCACCCUAACGGUCAUCACCAUCAUUUUCAUCGUGGUCUUCGGCCCCUAUCACAUGGUGGGCGGUUAUAGAUUCGUAGCGCUGCUUCUAACUGAAGACCAGUGUGCACUGGAACGCUCUAUCUACCUGUACUACAGGAUCUGCUACGGACUAACCAGUCUAAACACACUGUUAGAUCCCCUCUUCUAUAUUUUCCUUUGUCAGAAUGCUCGUCUUGAGCUCCAGAGAUCUCUCCCCUGCCUUGCAUGCUCACGUAGGUCUGAGGGUCCGUGACUUUUGACCCAGAAGAUGUGUAGUUGCCAGGGGCAGACUGGUUUCUUUGUGUUAAAAAAAAAAAAAAAGCCUGCAGGUUGUUUUUAUGAAGAAAAAAUAAAGAUGCUUAAAAGGCUUAUCUGGGGAUUUUUGAUUGAUGGCCUGUCAGAGCUCUGAUUGCAUCUGUUGUGUUACUGGGUCUGCUGGAAUGAGAGACAUACAGAUGCUACGUGUCAGGCAGUGAUAUGCAGUUCUAUGAUGACAACACCUUCAGCCAAGCAUGCAGGCUCUGAAACCAAAUAAAAAGUUUCAUGUUAGCAUGUAUGAAUUGUUCAAAUGUCUUAUGCGUCAUAUUCAGUAAAAUUUAUGCUCUUAAUCAGGCAGCAUUCUACAAAUAUUAUUCAUUUUUCAGACAUGUGCACAAACCGUACCGUUCCUAGGAGUGAAAAUGUGCAUGUACUUUAUUUACCAUAGUGGGGUUUUUUUUUUUUAGGAUUUCUAUACAUUUAUGAUUUUUAAACUACCUUUACCAAACUGAAAUAAAAUGUAUGGGGUUUUUUUUCAGUUUUCACGAGUCUUCUUCAAAUACGGUGUGUUCAGAGAUGUCGCUAUAGUGCUAGAGCUCGAGAUUUCAGUCUAGAGUUUUGCCUGGAACUGCCCAGGAGUUUAGUAGGAAUGUGAUUCAUGUGGAAUUAACUAAAUGUUAUUUGUUUAAACUUAGUAUGGUACUGUCGCUGGGAUGGGAUGCUGACUGCUAAAAUCUCUAAAACAACAAAAAAAAGAGAGAAAAAAUCAGUCAGAACAAUACAGUGAACGGUCCAUUAAGAGGCAAUGAAACUGUAUCCAAAUAGUGAUUACAGUGAGCGAGAACACACACACACACACACACACACAC